UGCAAAAAGACCCAUAUUUUGAUUAAGAAGCGUCAAAAGUAGAUAAUUUCAACAUUCGUCGUUUUUGUACCGAGAACUACAAAACAACAAGAAACUACAUUUCCCAGAAUUCCGAAGUAAACUUCCGGUUGAGAGACACAACCGCCAACCCUGGGAGUUAUGGGCUGUCUGUCGUAAUCUUAAUAUUUUUCAAGAAACAGAACGAUGCUUCGCCGAAAACCAACUCGUUUGGAGCUGAAGCUGGAUGAUAUCGAGGAGUUUGAGAGUGUGAAGAAGGAGCUGGAGAGCAGAAAGAAACAGCGAGACGAGGUGGACGUGGUCGGAGUUACGCCGAGCGAGAUGAGCAGCUCUGUCGGAGGAUCCGAUGGGAAAACCAGAGAGCAAACCAUUCACGAGCGAAUUGGAUACAAACCUCACCCGAAAUCAAACACACUACCGUCUUUCUUUGGAAACCUCCAGUUUUGAGCGAUGAACAAACCCAAUACAGUGACAGUGACCUUUGGCAUGUUUUUUUUUUUUUUUUUGCACUGAUGUCAUGUUGAUUGGAAGUGUUUUGAGUUUUCUUUCUACUACCUGAAGAGGAUGAAACCCAGAGGCACUCCACAACAAAGCUUUUACAUGGCAAACUGUUCUUAAUGUGUGUUUUGUAACCAGUUCUAAUAGUUAGGAAAUAAAAGGAAUGCGCAUAAAAGCUUGCCUCACAUAACUUAUCUCACACACACACUGAUUGUGGGCAUCAGUAUAAUUUAUACCACAACUCUUGUAUUCUCAAAUCAGAUUCUCAAGAUACAUCGGGUACAGCUGUAAUUCAAAUCAUAUUAUUGAGCUCAGUCUUACAUACAGUCGUUUCUAUAGCAACCAUUAUCCACAAUGACCAAACAGUGGAUAUCUACAUAACCUAAGCCUAACACAAAAUAAUAAAAAUGGGUUAUAUAACCAAGGGAACCUUUUAAUUGUUGAUAUUAAUUUUUACACUGUGGGAAAGUUUUCAGUACCAAAGCUCACUGCUUUGAAAUGAACAUUUCCUGAUAGC